GGUGGAGAGAGGCGCUGUGAUUGGCGGAGCGAAGUUACAGGUAUAAAAUGCCCUGUUGGCGCCCGCAGCCAGGCUUGCUCCUGAGCCCGGCGAUCGGAUCCUUCUUGCUGGGGCGGGUGAGAAGCAGGAGAGGAGAAGAGCGCGACCCUGUCCAAAUACCCGGCCAACCCUUUCAGAUCCUCGACCGCCGCCUUCUGCCCGAAGGUCCCCCAAAGCUCUUUGGGGCGAAGGGAUGAAUCGAUCGGAGAGCGUCGCAAGAAGAAUUAGCGAGGAAGAUAUAGCAGUGGCUGCGUUCACAUAACCGGGGUAGCCAGGACGUUUGAGCUCUAACGUUGCCCGGUUGUCUCCCAAGGACCCCUCCCUCCUUCCAGGACCCUCGGAAGACACCGAGGGACCAGCGCUGUUUUCUCUCUUCUUCGCGGACCCAAACAGGGCGGAGAAUUUUUUUUAGCAGAGUUGGAUUUAUUUGCGGAUCCGGACGGGAGCCGAACCGGGGCAGAGCCUAAGCGACCCCCCGGGGGGCGCGUGGUUGGAGGGCGAUGCCGCUGCACCGGGGGCUCCUUUUACUCUUGGGAGGGGUGCUGGGGUUCUUAGUGCCGGGGGACUUUUGCGGCUCUUUGUACUAUUCCUACCUGAAGGUAUCAGAGUCCAGCCAGGGGCUGCCCCAGUUCCUCUCCGUGAUCCACCUGAAUGAUAUUCCCAUUGCUCGAUAUGACUUCCUCAACAAGAAGACAGUUCCUCUGGUGCCCUGGAUGAAGGAGGAGGAGAUGAAGGUGAAGAUACCUGAGAGGAUGUUCAGAGGUGACCUGGAGUGGUUAUCAGCACGCAACAACCAGAAUGGAGGGCUUCACACCUGGCAGGUGAUUGUGGGCUGUGAGCUCAAGGAAGAUGGGAGCAAAAGAGGAUUUUUGCACUAUGGCUACGAUGGGAUGGACAUCAUCAGCUUUGAUAAAGAGACCCUCAGAUGGGUGGUAUCUCAAUCCCAGGCACAGAAGGUCAAGGAGGAUUGGGAGAAGGCUCCACGCUGGUCCCAGAAAAUUAAAGACUUCCUGGAGAAGAUCUGCAUUGAGUGGCUGCAGACAAACAUGUCCUACCAGAAGGAGGCUCUGAAGAAGACAGAGCCUCCGGUGGGGAAAUUGACUCGCAAGGUGGUGGAUGACAGCCUGGAGGUCCUCACAUGCCAGGCCUUUGGCUUCUACCCCAAGGAGAUCCUGGCCACUUGGAUGAAGAACAGAAAAGUCUGCGAGUAUGGGACCCUCCAUAGGAAUGUGGCCCCCAACUCAGACGGGACCUAUUACGUCUGGCUCAGCAUUGAGAUCAACCCCAAGGAGAGGGACCGUUUUCGGUGUCACCUGGAGCACGAGGGCUUGCAGGAGCCCCUGGUCUUGGCAUGGGAAGAGAAAACAGAUACAGUGUUAUAUGGUGGUGUGGCAGCUGUGAUUAUCUUCAUCCUAGGAGCUCCGUUUCUCUGCCAGAUCCUCUGCGGGCUGAUCUACAGGAAGAAACUCCAUCAGGCAGUGAAAACUCACCUUGAUGACCUUCCUUUAGAAAAAAUUUCUUCUUCCUCUACUUAUGGCACUGAAGACGAGAUUCAAUCAGCGGCGAUGCUCCCAUCCAAAACGACACCAGAGGGUUGCUGUGGGCAGAAGACAGAGCUAAGGGAAGGAGAGAAAACACCUCUGAGGGCUUCUCCAGAUGCCAGUUCAGACAACGUGGAAGAGCCAACCCUGGAGACUUCAGAGGGGAGCCUAGAGGAACAUCUAGAAGAUGCCGAGGCCACCAAGCCAGGAAUCGAAGGGCUGGAGUUCCUUCAGAGGAACAAGCGGAUGAGCACCUGGCUGGAGAGGAAAGGGGGGAGAGAGAGAGAGACGCAGCUGCAACUGGAGGAUUCACACACAGACCCAGCCAGAAGCCCAGGAUGGAGAAGGAUUGCAGCUGCAGCUAAUCCGGAAGGAUGAGGAGGCACCACCUCCUCCACCAUAGGACUGAAUGGAGGGAGGCACAAUGGAGGUCAGUGAGGUUACUCGCAAGGAGGCAGCCUCUUUCCUCGUAAGGCGCUAUACCAGCACACGCCUACCUAGUCUAACAUUUCAACAAUGCAGCAUUAGAAACCACUACACCUUUUCCCUGCCAUGCAGGUACUGUAACUCCCUGACUGCUAUUCAUGUGACUUUGGAUCUGUGCUUCAUGUUGCCUCCGUUUGGACUUUGGACUUGCACUUUGGCUUGGAUUUGGGUGUGGAUUCUGAACCAUGCCUGAAUUUUUCACACUGUGUGUGUGUGUGUGUGUGUGUGUGUGUGUGUGUAUUUGGGGACUUAUCCCUUUCCCUGGGCUCUCUGCAAUUCUCUGCCUAGGCUGCACAACCUUGGAUUCAGUGGAAUUUUGCAGGAGAUGUGAAUGGGAUCUGGGGAACACUAUAAGGGGCUUCAUCCUCAUUUUUUUUUUGGGACCUGAUCAGGGUCAAACCGAGAUCAUCUCCUGCCCUAAUUCCACCAAGACCAAAUUAACCCUUUGACGGUAGCCAGGGAAGGUGCAAUUUCCUUUCGUUACUUUUAUUUUCCCCACUAAAAGCAAACUCUCUUUUUUGGGGGGGAAGGCAACCACUCUCAACCCCAAUAUGGUUUCCUUAAACAGAAGGGCAGUGUUAUGUAUUUGAACUUUAAGAGGGAAGUUUGGGCGGGAACAAGCACGUUGCUGAUUGGCUGAUGCCUCAGCCAAAAUAGUAUUUAAAGAGGGGUUUUGACUGUUGGUCU